GCACACGAACGCUAGCUCGUGUAUCAAAGUCUGCUCUUCAGCCAGCUCCUAACGUGCUACUACCACAGAUUGUCAACUCGGGACCGGCAAUGGCGCUAGCGACGCGUCAAUGGAUGCUGGUCAUCAUCCACGCCCUCGCCGUGAUGGCGAUCCCGGCGGGUGCCGCCGCCGACGACGUGGACGUCACGGGUGGCUACUUUGUAAACGACUGCCACCAGCACUCACGGUGGCUGUCCACCGCCAACGGCACCGCCUUCCGCGGCAGCCUCCUGCCGCUCCUCGACGCCCUCCCCUCCGCCGCCGCGCCGACGGGCUUCGCCUCCCUCCGCUCCGUCAUCGGCCGCGCGUCCGCACGCGGCCUCUGCUUCGGCGAGGCCUCGCCGCCGCACGACUGCCGUGAGUGCCUCUCCAUCCUCGCCGGUCGGAUCGACUACCUUUGCAAGGGCAGCCGGCGCGCCGGGUUCUGGAAUGCCGGCUGCUUCCUCGCCUACGCCGACACCACCGACGCCAACGCCUCCUCCACGGAGGAGGAGGAGGACUUCUUCUCGUCGUCCGUCGACAACGACGGCAGCGGCGUCCUCAACUACUACCCGGACUUCUACAACGCGCAGAGCCUCGUCGACCUGGCGCAGUCCCUGGCGCCGCGCGCCGCAAACAGCACCUCGGGCAGGAUGGUGGCCGCGGCGAGCGCGACGGCCGAGGCGAACAGCACCGUGAGCGCGCUGGCGCAGUGCACGGGGGACGUCACGGCGGCGGACUGCGCGCGAUGCCUUGAGAGAUCGGUGCCGGAGGUGGCGCGGUGCCUCCUGUCGACGUACAAGCACGGCGGCGUUCAGGCGGCAGGCGUGGUGCACGUGUUCCGCUAUAACUGCUACCUCCGGCUCGAGAUAUCCGCUCCGAUGGGGAGAUGGGCAAGGCUUGGGAGGAAGAUGAGAGAUCAUGUUGCCGUUGUGGUGGUGGUCGCCGUCGCAGUCGUCCUCGUGAUCAUCGGGGCAGCUUUUCUCGUAUGGAAGCGAGUUCGUGCCGGAAAAACUCGAGCUGCCAUGCCCGACGUCUCGACAGCAAGCUAGGGAUGCAAGCUAAGGGAUAGGUCUCCGAUUGAUCUGAUGUGGUCAGCGGCGUCCAGUCAACACUAUGCUUUCUCUAACGCGCUUGCUUGCUUGCAUUCGUUAGUGCCCUUAGCUUCCUCACAAGUGGGCAUGCUUAAUUAAGGCUCAGCUUGUCAGGCUGGCUAACGAAGAACUGUUGCAGUGGAAAAUUGUUAGCUCAAUACAAGGUAGCACUGUAGCAGUGCGUUGCGUGCGCGUCAGAAUGAGGAGUAACGUGUGGCGUGUGUAGUGUGUGAGUGGCUCUGCCACAUGUAACAAACAAUCUAUAAAACCUCUUUUCUCCUUAAUUAAAAAGAUGAGCUACCAUCGGUCGUCUGUCCUUGAAAAA